AUGCAUAAUUCCCAACCACUCAGCAAAACCUUCACCGUUUCCACCAGCAGGAACCCACAAUCAACCGAGUCCCCUCCAUCAACCGACCUGUCGACACUGUCCCGCUUCAAAGACCUUUCCUUAUCGGGCCUAAAAUCACUCAACGAAAGCUCGCUUCAAAACUCCGGCACUCCGAAAGACAGUGGCAAUGAAAGCGAGAGCGAAAUUGAACUUACCGGAUACCGUCGAAUUCGUAACGUAGGGCAGGGAUCGUUUGGAGUAGCCGUGCUCUACGAAAGGCACUCCGACGGUCAAGUGGUGGUGAUGAAGCAAAUCAAUCUAUCCGAUUUGACCAAAUCCGAACGGGAUCUGGCGAUGAACGAGGUGGAGGUUUUCUCCAAGUUGCAUCAUCCGAAUAUAAUUGCCUAUUUGGGAAGCUUUGUCCGCGGGGACUACCUGUUCAUAGAGAUGGAGUACGCCGACAAGGGAACACUGGCGCAGAUUUUGAUCGAGAAGAGCCACGGGGAGCGUCUGCCGGAGCGGUUCAUAUUGAAUAUUUUCGAGCAGAUUACAAGUGCAAUCAAUUACAUGCACUCGCAGAACAUACUGCAUAGGGAUUUGAAGACGGCCAAUGUAUUCCUAAAUAAGAGGGGAAUCGUCAAGAUCGGUGACUUUGGCAUAUCGAAAAUUAUGAGCACAAGAAUUCACGCUCAAACGGUUCUGGGGACGCCGUACUACUUUAGUCCGGAGAUGUGCGAAGGCAAAGAAUACGACGAGAAAAGCGACAUCUGGGCCCUGGGUUGCAUCGUAGGCGAAAUGGCAUGCUUCAAAAAAGCAUUUUCCGCAUCUAAUCUAUCCGAACUGGUUUCGAAGAUCAUGACAGCCAAAUACAUACCCAUCCCGGAAGGUUACUCUGACACUCUGAAACACGUUCUGAGCUUGAUGCUGCAAAUUGAUCCCCAGGACAGGCCUUCGGCAGCCGAGAUCCUCCAAUACUGGAUCCCGCUCAUCUACAGGAAUCUAGGGAAAAACGAUGGUUUCCGCUACAUUUCAUCCGACUACCUUAACAAGUCGAUGAUGAUGACAGCGGAGGCAAAGGAUCAACCAACGGUGCCGAUGAUGGGAACGGCCACCAGAGACUAUAUGGAAGCUUCAACGGCCACCAUGAACAAUCUACCGCUGACGGAACGGUCGGUACUCUACCAGCUCAAAUCGUUUGGUAGUGCGACCAGCUUGACUCCACUGCAGCUACCACCGACGGGGAAGAUCAAGCAGAUCGCUACCAACGGGUCGCACUUUGUGGCGGUGAUGAAUGACGGAUCGGUUUACACAUGGGGCGAAGGUAACAAAGGUCAACUGGGUCACAACGCUUUAGAAACAUGGCGUCAUUAUCCCACCAGGGUGGAAGCCAUUCGAAGAUACAACGUCGUUGGGACAGCCACCGGCAAUGGUUUCACACUAUUCUGGACGAACCUGGGCGUCGUCUUGAGCUGCGGAGACAACACCCACGGAUGUCUAGGUCAUGGUAAUCGGAUCUCACUUCUCGUUCCGAAGAUAGUGGAAAAGUUGAACAACGUUCACAUCAAAUGGGUAGCUUGCGGAUCACAACACGUGGUUGCCCUAGCCGACGGGGGACAUUUGUACACUUGGGGUACGAGCAACGAUGGAGCUCUAGGUCUGGGCAAGCAGAUGUUGGCAAGUGCUGAACCACGUCGAUUGAUCAUUACGCAGAUGAUUCAGAACAUCCGGGAGGUAUACUGUGGUCCGGAUUGCACGGUGGCUCUGACGGAAAGUGGAUCGUGCUAUUGCUGUGGAAGUAACAACAACAACAAGCUGGGAUUUGGAAUGAAGAUUGCGCAGCUGAUGGCUCUGCAGAAGGUGACCUUCGUGGAGCAGAAGAUAGUGGCCGUGAGUGUGGCGGAGACGUACGGGGCGUUUUUGGUUGAAGGUGGCUAUGUUGUUACAGCUGGGGAAAACACCAGUGGUCAGCGAGGACUAGGCAACACGAAUGAGCACGUGGAGCCCACAAUAUUGAAGAAUUUGAUGACACGAUUUAUCACGAAUAUACGAUGUCAUUCAUCGUUUGUGGUGGCUACCUCGGAUGAUAACUGCGUAUUGUUCUGGGGCACGAGGCUCGGAAUUCCCGAAACGGACAUCAGCACGGUACCUUCAGAAACUUCGAACAACAAUCAACCUAGCAGGGUAACGGAUAGCACGUCAAUCGGGAACAGUACCGCUGCAUUCACCAACUUCUUGACAUCUGUUUACAAGUACGAGACAAUCUUGGAUCCGGUUGAUAUUUUGGCCCUCUACUCGUCCAAGGAUCAACAAGCGAAAGGAAGCUACGUGAAGUUGACCGACAUUCACCCACUAAUGCACAGCGUUUUGAUUGUUGUAGAUACCACGUGUCCUCUGAUUUAA